CAGCCAAUCAGCGGCUGUCAGGGAUACAUGAACGGUGAUAAUAUCCACGGAACAGACUGUAAGCAGGAGGAACAAAGAGCGUUAGUUGGUGCUUGUACAACGUCCUUUCACUUCACCAAGGCUCUCAAAUGUCGACUUUGUGGAAGUGUCUUGUGCUUUUGUUUUAACACGAGUCCCAAAUUAUUAGGUGUCACUGUUCGUCUUAAGUUCGGCUGGUUGGUUUUGGUGAGGAAAAAGCGAACUUGGCGUCGUGUGAGGUUUCUCGGGUCGCCUUUCUCGAAACAUUCUUGCUUUGGGUUCGCUGACUGAAAGGUAACGUGGGAAGGACUGUGGUUCCCCCUGGCUGAAACGAGUGUACGUCUGACAGCAGCACCCAGGGCUCACUGUGUAACUGUGCUCAUGAGGUAACGUCAGGACCUACCGUUCCCUAAUUACCACCCUUGUUCUAUCCAUCUCCCUCCCCUCUGUCCCUUCCUCCCUUGGACCUACCAACCAUGGGCCAAAAGAUCUCUGGCAGUAUCAAGUCAGUGGAUGUACGCGGAGAGCCCUCUUAUCGGCCAGUGCGCCAGGAAUUGCGUGGCCCAGAUUACUGUCGACCCCCCAGGCUGGACUUGCUGUUGGACAUGCCACCAGCCAGUCCUGAGUCACAACUUCGCCAUGCCUGGAACCCUGACGACCGGUCUCUGAAUGUCUUUGUUAAAGAGGACGACAAGCUGACGUUCCACCGACACCCUGUAGCACAGAGCACAGACUGUAUUCGAGGAAAGGUAGGCUACACCAGGGGCCUCCACGUUUGGAGGAUUCACUGGCCGGCCAGACAGAGAGGCACACACGCUGUCGUGGGCGUGGCUACUGCUGAAGCACCUUUACACUCAGUGGGCUACACAGCCCUGGUGGGCUCGGACUCUGAGUCCUGGGGCUGGGACCUUGGUCGGAACAGGCUCUACCAUGAUGGAAAGAACCAUCCUGUUUCCACGUCAGCACCCAUAUACCCUUAUUUUCUAGAGCCAGAUGAGUCUUUUGUGCUUCCAGACUCUCUGACACUGAUACUAGAUAUGGACGAAGGAACACUGAGCUUCAUGGUAGAUGGACAGUAUCUAGGAGUGGCUUUUAGAGGACUAAAGGGCAAGAGACUGUAUCCCAUCGUCAGUGCUGUGUGGGGCCACUGUGAAGUUUCUAUUUGCUAUGUCAACGGACUAGAUCCGGAGCCCCUCCCCCUCAUGGACCUGUGCAGACGAGUAGCUCGACUGGCUCUGGGUAGAGACCGCAUCCAUCACAUCGACACGCUCCCACUGCCACAGACUCUCAAGAACUACCUCCAGUACCAGUGACCACGCACACACCAUUGGAAGAAACUGAGACACGUUUGUCCUUACGGUAACCAGCCUCCAAACUGAACUGAAUCCUAACCACGAGACAUCUCUUGAGGAUGUGGAUGUGACAUUGACUGCAGGUGCUGAAGGCCGUGCCGUAAAUGAGGUUUUGUUUACACCAGAUGGGAGUUUUCUGGUUUGGAUAUUUUUAUCUCCUGGUUUUCAGCUCUCUUUGACUUUUGCUGACUGCUGCUUUUGUCCUAGACAGGUGACUUAGAGGAGCUCAUGACUGAAAUGUAGGCAGUGACAGAUAAAAAGAAACAGUUUCCUUCUAAUCAUGUAAAUAUGUUUAGAGUCAAACUGCAUGUCCUCAGUCAAAGGCUUUAUAUGCUGUGGUUUUUGGACGGCAGUUUACCCAACAGUCUCUG